UCGAAUCGUAGAUUACGUUCCGUUUUAUGUUCGCAAAUUUCAUUUUACUGUAUCACGCUAUUAUUAUUAUAAGAAAAACAUUCAGCGGUAACCACGGCAACGAAUUUCCGCUAUGUACUUUAUUAUCCACUAUGUGGCGCUUCGAACGAUUUUCAAUUACACGCACGAAUCUUUAUCGAUAUUAUCGAUAGCGCGUUAAUCUGAUUGAUCUGCUAAUAUUUUACGCAAAUUAUAGAACAUGUCAAAUAUUUAUAAAUAUAGAAUAAAGAAUUCGACUAUCGUUUACUGGAUCACGUGAUGGCCUAUUUAUUAUUUUCUAUUUUUGGCACGUGGAAAAGCUUCGUACCUUUAAAGAUCCCGAGACCGAAUUUAUGCUAAAUAUACGACAUUUUAUCGUCGAUCCGGACGAUGGAGAUACGAGACUUCACUACGCCGCGUUUGACGGCGAUUUAGACAGUUUAAAAGAGCUGCUGUCCGAACCGGAACGUAAACAAUGCAUAAACAGAAGAGUCAGACCCUUCGGAGCCACACCUAUCCGCUUGGCAGCCACGAGUGGUAGUUAUUCCUGCAUCGAAUAUCUGAUAGAAAACGGUGCCGACAUCGAAAUUGUGGACGUCAAAGGCCAGACACCGCUAUUCGUUGCCGUGCAGAAGAAUUUUGUCGAUUGCGUGAGUCUGUUGUUGGAAAACGGUGCAGAUCCGAAUGGCUCCUACAGAAACAGGUCUUCGCCUUUGUUUAUUGCCGCGAAAGAUGGAUAUGUCGAUUGCAUCAAGCUGCUUCUGAAAUAUGGUGCAGACACAGAACUGAUUGACAAAUCGCUAGAGAUUCCUGGAUUUCCUUUAUACAUUUCUGCAAUAUAUCAACACUAUGAAUGCUACACCGCACUGCUAUUGGCAGGUGCAGAGACAGAUUUGAGACGAGUCAUGCCAUCCUUACCGCCCUCGAAAUAUGCUCAGAUUUCUUUAUCCCACGCCUUGGUUAGACACUGCUGUCCUGCUAUAUAUGCCAAACUGUUUGUUGAAUUCGGCGGUUACUUGUGGCAGAAAGAUUUGGAGGGAUUGCUUGUAACGGAGUUAAAUAAAGAUAAUAGUUGUAAAGCUUAUUUUCAGAAAAUAAUAAGUAUGCCUCUGCGUCUUCAGUCAAUCUGUCGCAUUGCGAUACGUAGAUGGAUGGGACGGGCUAAACUGGAUAAAAUUUUGAAAUUGCCUUUACCUUUAUAUUUGUUGGACUAUUUAUUAUAUACAGAUUUAAUAAAAUAAUUUAUAUUUUUUAAUGUGAAUAAAUCAUUUC